UGUAAGUUAAGCAUUUUCCAGGAAGGAUCAUUUUUGCGCAGUUUGUUUCAACAUAAGGGUUGGUGUUAAUUGCACAGGAAGUCUUUGGUCACACAGGAAGUCUUUGGUCACGGUUGCAGAAAUAGGAAAAUGUUUUAGAAGAAUGAAACAUGACAUGCUAUAAUUCUAGCCAGCACUUGACAUCAUACAGUGUAUUGGGAGGAGGUAAACGGUUUCCUGAACAUUUUAUAUGAAAGUUUGUCACAAGUGGACUCUGGAGGAGGGACUUUGAAGAACCAUGUCUGGCAAGAAGUCAAGAAAAGUGAGAAUGGGAUCAUCACGUCAACCCCGUCAGAAUCAAGAGGAACAUGAGACUAACAAAGAUGAUGAUGGGUCCCAAAUGUUGUCAAAGGAAAGGAAAGUAGUUGAAGUUGGGGCUGAUUCAGUUUCAGUGAUACUCCAAACGGACCUUGUCUCAUCAGAUAACUUAUCAACAAUAACACAACAACACACAGAAAUAAAUAAUCCACCAUUAAAUGACGUCACAGAGUCACAUCUGUCUCAACCUGUAAACCCAUAUCUUCUAAAAUCACUUGACACUGCAGGGAAGAGAAGGAAAAUGGGGUCUACUCGUCAGAAUAAAAGAAAACCAGAGGAGACAGACUUUGGGGAGAAACAAGACACCAAMACUGGAGACGCAGAAAAAUCCCUACAACUUCAGGCAUCCAUUGCAGUUGUGGAAUCCUGGUCCUACAGCAACACAGAAGAGCUCCUGGGUCCAAAAGAAAGUGAAACGGACACUGMGUGUCUUUUGUUUGCUUCUAACACACUCGACCAACCGGAUGACAGAUGUAAAGAGGAAGUUGGUGAGGAUAUUGAACCUAGUAGUGAAGCUGURGCUAGUUAUAGCAGUGAAUUGCUUCAAGAUACUCUUGGAACCAAAUCACUCUUGCAUCUGCCCCUAGACCUUGCGUUGCAAGUUGUUCAUGGAUUCCCUGCUGAACCAAUAACAGAGGAGUUGAAGAAAGAGGAAGAGAGGAGGCAGGAAAGUGAGCAUGCCGAGGUGGAGUCCUCCACAUUUCUCAGCUCUAGGCAUUCAUUAGAUCAAUCCCUUGAGUCAGACACUUUAACCAACACAGAAGAGUUUGAGUCAUUCAAUAACACAAUAAUCCUCCAAAGUGGAGAAGGUGAAGAGAAACUUGAACCUGUUGUAAAUGAGUCAGAAUUGCAAGAUGAUAUUAACUCUACUGGUCCAGGCAAUCAGGAAACAUUGCACCAAAGAGAUGAAGAUGAGAACUUUGUUGAUCUGAUAGUUGAGGAAAAUAUUUGUCUGAGUAUUCAGGGGAAUGAGGAGGAUGCAAACACUGACCCCAAUACCACAGGGGGACUGGACACAUCAGAGGUCAUUUUACUCAGUGAAGAGGAAAUGAGUGAUCAUGUGCCGCUUGUAAAUGAAAGUGUUCAGGACCAAGGUGAUAAUAGCAGAACACCGACUCCAAUCAGAGUCCUUCUCCAAGCAGGAGGAGAAAGAUGGGGUCGACUCGUAGGCAUCCUAGAGGUGUACAAAGAGAAGAGGAAGGCACAGAGGAGAAACAAGAAGGGGAAAUAG